AUGAGUUUCGAAGUAAGGUGGCGUGUGAAAAUGACGUUUUGCAACUGAAAUGCAACCCAAAUUCAAGGAUUGCUGUCUAUUCAGCAAGUUUUGGCAGAACCGAAUAUGAGAGCGUCAGAUGUCCACAGCCUCAGGGUGUCAGAGAAGAAACCUGCCUGGUGAGCUACGCCACAGAGACAGUGAUGCAGAUAUGUCAUGGAAAGAGAAGGUGCACCUUAUCAGCUGAUGCCUCCACAUUUGGCAAUCCGUGUCAGAAGGAGUCACGCAUGUACCUCAAGGUCGUCUACACAUGUGUCCCCAGAAAAGUGCUGAGAGAACAGUACGAGGAUCGUCUAGAGGAUGACGAGCACCUGGAGGGAGAGUAUCUAGACAUGGACUACGAUGCAGUCGACGAUCUCUUCAGAGAGCCGGACUCCUUCUCCCCCUCACCCAACCUGGCCGGCAAUCUCAGUGGUCUCCUUCCCCAGAGGCCCUCUUCACCCCCACCUCCCUCCCAGCCCCACAAGGAGGACAAGCUCAAAG